AUGCGUCCUCACUACUUCUCACUCUCUUCUGCUUCUUCUUCCCUCCUCAAGCACGCCUCGUCCAAGCGCUGCCACCCCAAACACCAUUACCACUUCACCACAUCUCGCAAAACCAUGACCGCCACGUCCUCUCCACGACCUGUAUUCAGCUCCAACUACGAUCCCACGCAGGGAGCUCAAGAGCUGGCUCCCCUGCUGAGAGCGAACGGAGGCAAGUGGACGCUGGUGGAGAGCGGGAAGGGCGUCGAGAGGCGGUUUAGGUUCAAGACGUUUAGGAAGACUUGGGAAUUCAUGAACCUCAUAGCCGCGGAAUGCGCCGUCCAGAAACACCAUCCUGAGUGGUCCAACGUCUAUAACGCAACCUUCAUCCGCUGGACCACGCACUCUCCUCCCGGCCUCUCGGAAAAGGACGUUGUGAUGGCGAAGUUCUGUGACCGGAAGGCUGAGGAGUGUGGGGAGCUUGAUCAGGUUGAUGAUGGUGGUGAUGGUGAUGCUGUGGGAGGUGUGAGUAAGAAGUUGGUGGAUAGGGUGGCCAAGGAGGGUGGGGAUUGUUGCGCUCCUAGGCCGAAGGAGUUGUGA